AGGUGCAAACAGGAGCGCAGUAUAAAAGUCCGGGAGCUGAGAGACUGUCUGCAGUGGGAAAACAUCUUCCCAGCGACUUCUUCUCAAUGGAGUGCCACCGUGCAGCUUGAUCCUGCCAGUCAAAGGACGUCCUUCUCCAUCCUCCCGGGCCACGUUCCAUCUACGGGCAACAUUCCAUUCCCGGGUCACGUUCCAUUUGCGGGCAACAUUCUAUUCUCGGGCAACGUUCCAUCCCCGGACCAUCAUCGAAUCAGCAGCAUUAUGGACACAGAAGCCUGUCUCCUGUCAUGCCUGGACAAACCCGCCUCUAACCUCGGCGUCAAUGAUGUGUACGAGAUCGCCAAGUUGAUCGGCACUGAGCUGGAGAAGCUAAUCGACAGCCACGGGAAGAAAGUCGUGGAAGGUCUGAUUCCUAAGAUUGUCCGCAUCUUGGAAAUGCUGGAAAGUUUCGUGACAAGGAACGGGAACACCGAGCAGGAGCUGAUCCGAGCUUUCGUGAGAUUGCAAGAUGGAGAGAGAAGCACGGGCCAUUACAAGGAUCUGGAUCAUAAAACAAGCACGUGGCAUAAACCAAUCCAGGAACUACAGAAACAGAUUUCCCAACUGACAGAUGAAAACCAGCGUCUUGUUAACCAGUUGGUUGAGAUUCAGUCUCAGGAAGACAGCCUUUCCAAGAAGGAACGAGAAGUAAUGCUAAAAUUAAAAGAAGUGGUUGAUCAACAACGAGAUGAGAUUCGAGCCAAAGGCCAUGAGAUCUAUUGCAAGAAUGAAGAUGUCGAUGCACUUCAACAGCAGCUGGAUCGCGUUCUGAAGGUAAACGAUGAUUUGCGGCAUAAAAUAAAUGUUGUCCAAACCCAGUUGAGAAAUGUGUUGGAGAAGAAGGCAGAAUUAGAAGUCACAGUGCAGCAAAAGGAGAAAGAAAUAAACCGACUGCAGCACAACCUGACUGAGGUUCAGGCAGAAAAGUCUGGCGAAAAGGUCAUAGAUGUAUCAACAAUCAACAUGGCUGAUAAAAUCAUCAUUGAUGUGAAUGAUCCAAACCGGCCUUAUUUCACAAAACAAGAAAUGCGACAGAUUCUGCAUGAGCGCAAUGAGCUAAAGGCAAACUUGUUCCUGGUGCAAGAAGAACUAGCUUACUAUCAGAGAGAGAUACUCAAUGAUGAGAAGUGUCCGGCAAUUUUCAUGGAAGCAAUCAAGAGUGCAAUUAAAAAGCAGAGGAAAAAAGUGAAGGCCAAAAUGUUGGGAAUACAAGAAAACCUGUGUAGCAGUGACGAGGAUGACCAAGAAGCUCUUGCCCUUCCCUGCUUCACACCAGAUGAAGUGGAUGCCAAGCCGCCAGAGUCAAAAAUCAAAUCCAUGUUUGGAUUUCUUUAUCGCGGUAACAGUGCGAAAACAUCAACUACCACAACCUCAGCUGAAGCUUGGGAAGUCAUUGGCCCCAAGGAAGUGAACUUGCAUGAGGAAUGUUCACAAACCAAAGAAUAAAACUGAGGGGGGAAAACAAUUCUGUACAUAGUCUUUCAAUAUGGCUUGAUUUACUUGCUGCUUUGAAAUAUACAAAAUUUUAGAUUCACUUCCAACUAACAGGAAUUAACUAUUGUAACUCUUACACUAAGACUAAACUAUUUUUAAUAAAGCUUUUAUUUUAAGACA